AUGAGACUGCCACAACACCGCGCCCUGCCUUGGCGAUCCGUCGUCCCUCCAUUGCAGUCCCGCAGCUUCACCUCGACCUCUCGCCGUCCCGAGAUCAGACACAUAUCCGACCUUCCUUCGCGAAUCAAGCCAUCAUACAUACAGUCGCCCUCAAACACCCUGCUCAGCUUACAAUGGCCCUCACCGCCGCGCAACAUCCUCAUCACAAAGAAGAAACGCACGCCCAAUAUUACCGAAUCCGUCGUCAAGUUCGCUUCCCACAUCCGCUCUACCUACCCCUCAAUCAACAUCAUCUUCCAGCCCGACGCCGCAAAAGAAAUACACAAACAACUACCGUUUCCUGUAUAUACGUACAACAAGGGGCUCAGCGUGUCCAAGUCUCUGUCGGAUAAAACCGAUCUGGUCUGCACGCUGGGUGGUGACGGUACCUUGCUACGCGCGAGCAGUUUGUUCAGCCAUGCAGAGAGCGUGCCACCCGUCCUGAGCUUUGCCAUGGGAACUCUUGGAUUCUUGGGGGAAUUCAAGUUCAAGGAAUACAAGCGAGCAUUUCGAGAAGUAUACAUGAGCGGCGCGCCAGACACGUACUCUACCCUAUCAGACUCGCCAGCCGGACCCCGACCCCCGACCCCCACUUCCCCAGACGACCCCCUCGAUAAGCCGCUAUCCUACGCAGGCAUACGGGGCAAGGCAAUGGGUACCAACAGAACAGCACGCAUCUUGCUGCGCAACAGACUCAAAGUUGGCGUCUUUGGCCCAGACGGUACGCGAAUCGGGGGUGCGCCAGGCGAAGGCGAUACCUAUGCGCUCAACGAAGUCACACUCCACCGCGGCUCCAGUGCCCACUUGAAAAUUAUCGACGUCUACAUCAACAAUCGCUUCCUGACCGAGGCGGUCGCAGAUGGAAUCAUCAUCAGCUCACCCACCGGCUCAACAGCCUACAGUCUCUCCAGCGGAGGAAGCAUCGUGCACCCCCUGGUUCCGUCCUUGUGCCUUACGCCCAUCUGUCCGCGAUCGCUAUCGUUCAGGCCGCUUGUCGUUCCGGCCAAUACGCCCAUAACCCUUCGAUUGGGCGAGAAGAAUCGUGGCCGCGAAGUUGAGGUCAGCAUUGACGGGCAUACCAUUACGGAGAAGAUGGGUGUGGGCAUGGAAGUCAGAGUUGCAGGGGAAGAGGUGCGAAGAGCCGAUGGCGUGUGGGAGGGAGGUGUGCCCAGCAUCGUCAGAGGCACCAUGGGCAAGGACGAAAUGGCCGAGGAUCACUGGGUAGGUGGUCUGAAUGCGCUGCUCAAAUUCAACUAUCCCUUUGGAGACCAGGAUACCUAG